AUGCAGGUUGAUGCGACCAGUCCGGGGGACCUUGAUACGCAGGUGCUUCAGGACCUGAUUGCAAGCAUUAAAUGGGGCGUGGCGUUCAGCAUCAUAGGACCAAUCCUAACGGUCGGGGUACAGUUCUUGACUGGAACGAAUACUGUGGGACUGCUCCAAGAGCGGGGCGAGCGAAAGUGCCAAGAGCGGAUCCUCGAGGUACUCAACCAGAUGUCGCGUCGUGAUGAGGGGCAGGUGGAGCUCGCCACCGUCAUGGCGCGGGCGCUUUCGCAGGACGUGAUCAAGGAUCGACUCAGGUCUUUCGCCCUGGAGCUAAUGAAGGACGAGGGUGUGAGUGCAGUGUCCCAAAAAAACAUGGACGAGUGGCUCAAGCCAAGAAUUGACUCCAUUGACAAAGAGUUUGCGGACAUCAAGAAGGAACUUAGUGAGGUUAAGAGCGAGUUAGGCGGCUUAGCAUCGCAGGUCACCAUUGCCGUGGAUCUUUUGAAGUCAAUGAGCGGGAGGCACGACGAUGACAUGAAGGUGCGGUAA